AUCCUAAUGAAAUGCCAUUGCUGUCAGUCCGUCCUAUAUCUCUCCCUCUCUCCAUUAAAAAAGCCAGAGCAUACAACUCAAGUCUAUUAAAUAAUCGGAAACUAAUCAAUUAAUUUCGAUAAUUAACACGCCGAAAUAAAAAAGCACCCCAUUUCUCAAAUCCAUUCUCCAAUCGCAGAGAUCCACACCCAGUUCAAUCACACACACACACACUUUAUGUUCUUGCACAUUCUUCUUCACUUUUUUGAUUUUCACACAUUUUUUUCCUCAACUAAACUUGCAAAACCAAGCCAACCCCACUUCUAAAGAAUCAAAAGGGUCACCAAAUCGCCAUGACAGAGGUCCUGCAGUCCCCUUCUUCAUCAUCUUCAUCUUCCUCUCUGCAAAGUUUUCAAGAAAGCCAGGAGGCGUUUGAUGAUGAACAAGAAGAAGCAGAAGAAGAAAGGGUGUCAAAUGCAUUGAUUGAGGAGAUUAAAAGGAGGGAUAAAGAUGAUGAACAGUUGUCUCUUUUAGCCCUUUUGGUCACUCUGAUUAGGAAGUCAUCUUUUUGGGUUCGGAGGAAUGAUUCAAGUGGUAGUAAUGGGAGUGGGAUGGAUAUUGGGUGGCCCACUAAUGUCCAGCAUGUGGCUCAUGUUACUUUUGAUAGGUUUAAUGGCUUCUUGGGAUUGCCUGUUGAGUUUGAACUUGAAGUGCCCUUGAGAGCUCCUAGUGCUAGCACCACUGUUUUUGGAGUGUCAACAGACUCUAUGCAGUUAUCCUAUGAUCAUAGAGGAAACAGUGUUCCAACAAUCCUGCUGCUGAUGCAACAACGUCUUUAUGCUCAAGGAGGAUUACAGGCAGAAGGAAUAUUCAGAAUCAAUGCAGAAAACAGCCAGGAAGAGUUUGUGAGGAAUCAGUUAAAUGCAGGAGUAGUUCCAGCCGGCAUCGACUUGCACUGCUUAGCAGGUCUCAUUAAGGCAUGGUUUAGAGAACUACCAGAAGGUAUAUUGGAUACCCUUUCUCCAGAACAGGUAAUGCAGUGCCAGUCAGAAGAAGACUGCUCUGCACUUGUUAGGCUGCUACCUACAACAGAAGGCGCUCUGCUAGAUUGGGCCAUCAACUUGAUGGCAGAUGUUGUACAGCAGGAGCACUUUAACAAAAUGAAUGCCCACAACAUUGCGAUGGUUUUUGCACCAAACAUGACUCAGAUGGCGGAUCCAUUAACUGCAUUGAUGUAUGCCGUACGAGUUAUGAACUUCCUAAAGGCGCUCAUUUCAAAGACACUCCAAACCAGAGAAGAAUCUGUUAUAGGACCAACAUGGGAUCCGCCUUUAGAUCCGUCUGAUGAGGACGAGCAUCAGGGUCCUUUAUUGUGCCUGGAAGAUGCUAAUGAGGAAAAUAAUGAAAGGGAGAAGAUUUUGAUCGCUGAAGAUCCUCAUUCAAAGAAUUCCUCCGACUUAUCUCCAGCAAAUAUCAUCACUGAUGAAGUAUGUCUCGGUGAUUCAACUCCAAGCAAGGAAUCUGGUGGAGCUCGCACUAAUGUCUCCACUGAUGCUGAUACCCAAGCAAAUGUGAUGAAGGCUACAACAGUGAAGCUCGAGAAAAUUACUUCAGGGAGCAUUACAGAUCAGUCAUGUGAAUCAGAUGAGAGCAAGACACCUGAGAAGUUUAAUGCCCUCCAAAUAGUAUUUCAGUCAUUGGGACCGAUAGACAGAAGUAAAAUACUCAGCAGAGUAAACUCAUUGACAGAGCGAAAUGAGGCCUGGCUGUGAAGGAAAUGGUCAAUUUCAAGCAGUGCAUUUAGUCAGCUAGAAUGUAAGGUCGCGAAGAUUUGUAAAUCAUCUACUUGUUUUCUUACGCUGUCAUCACUUAGAUUGGUUUCUCCCUGCGUGGCUAUCCUAUUCUUGCCAGUUCACUCUAGACAAGGUUUUACAUUUUGAAAAGUUGUAGCUUGCCCAUUUAGUGUUACGGAGUAAGUUUGUCCGAAAACAUCCCAUUCGUUUGGCUGGUGCCGUUAGAUCAAUUUCCGUUAUAAAUUUUCCA